UUGACAAACUCCAACAACUGCUUUGAGCCCUCUUUCAGCGAUCAUCUCUAGUUUCGACAGAAAACCUUUUCUAGGAGGCAUACAUAGAGAUUUGCAAAAUAAGCAAUUUAGUAGAAAUUAAGAGAAAGAUUUUUACUCGUACAAAAUAAAACAUAUUUAAAAUAAAAUUUGUGGAUUGGCCUAUCGUCCUUUUUGGGAUAGCGAAUGUUAUUAAAAUCGCGAAAAAUUAGUAAUCGAUAGUUUUUACUGGAAAAGAACGUUCACAGAGCUAGAAUGUGAAAUGAUUUAUCUGGUCUCCCUGCUACUUAAGGAACUGUCUCAAGCGCAUGCCUCAAAAUAUAGAGCGCUCUUCUACUGAGAACGUAGGUGCAACAAUUUAUCAUCAAUAUACAACUGCAUGUAGCAGUCGUCGUUUUGCCAUUUGGAGAGAUUGUUCGGUCACCGGCAUAAUAUUAUAAGCGUUGGAUCUAAAUAAACACAACUAAAUUAUAAAAAAAAAAAACAAAAACAUUUAAAGCAUUAGAAGGUAAAUUAAGUCGAGAGUGGUUGAAGUUUUUCAUUAUGCGCUCUGCUGAAACUGAAAUAUUUGCAAUUAUAACACUUCAAAUACCUCAGAAUAAAAGAUGAGUGAACUAAUUAUCUGAAAUAUCUGCGAUGCCCAUUGCAUUAACAACAACAUCUAUGGAAAAAAUACACCAUCAACGCUUUCUCUUAUCGGCACUUAUAUUGGAGCUACUUACUGCGGUUGCAUUGUUAUUGCAGCUACAAUUGGUUUCAGCGGGCUCAUGUCGUGAAGCGCAACUUUGUUGCGCUGGGCGUGACUCCUCUUGUGUAGUUCAAAAAACUCCGAUUAACGCCAUUAUUGAAGACCUCAACGACAAACCAUGCUAUUGUGAUCACGCGUGUCUGAAGCUAGGUGACUGCUGUGGUGACUUCAAGGAUCAUUGUGGAGGUAAAUUUAUAAACCAACCAAAAAUUAUUGGGCUAUAUAUGUACAUAUAUAGUUGCAUAUGUUUGAUUCAACAACUUCGUUUUCAGUGGCUUUAUAUGUACAUAUGUAUAUACAUACGUAUGUAUGUGUACAAUAAGUAUUUAAUUAGUAUGGUAUAUAAGUAUAUAGAAAUUAAAACAAAAAAGUUUUGAAUGUGUUAAUAAUCGUCCGCUAUGGCUGUUUGGUUAGAGAGGCAUACUACCACUGCGUAGGGCCCGGAUUCGAUGAAUUUUUCCCUACUUGACCUUCAAAUGACCACGAACCCGACGUGAUGGAGGCCAACGGACCUCGGAUUCGCAUUCAGCAUGUCGAAUAGCAUAGGGAUAUGUAGGUUUGGUUUACUGAAAAUACCUUUUACCUGUGUAAUUAAAGAAGGAAUGAGUGGUCAAAUGGAAAUGCAC